AUGUCCUGGAAUCGGCCUCAGCUGAAGAGCGGCGUCGAUCUGCAGCUGCAGACCGCCUUCAACGACGGACAAUGGGCCAACGUCAUCCGCCUUGCUGAAAAGCGAUUCAAGACUUUUAAUGAUCCUUACUAUGAGGUCGUCAAAAUCGUCGCUGAGAGCCAUCUGGAGUCGCCCGUGGAGAAGGUCUCACCAUUGAUCGCCGUUCAGAAGCUCGUAAAGGAUGCAUCCGCCGUCAGAGACGCAGACUCUCUCGAACUUUUGGAGUGGGCUUCGGAGGGGUUUGUUGAUGAUCAGAGCUUCUCCGAAACCUUUGGACCCCUGAAGUUGCGUUAUGUCAAGGCGUUCCCCAAGGACAAGAAUGGCGGCACGAGAUGUCUGGAGUCUUGCUUGUUGCACUGGGACCUAGUCAGCGCACAGCAAAUCGCGGCUGUUCUAGACAAGUCCUUCCCCGGAGAGCGCAGCUUCUUAUUCUGGAAUAUUGCCGUCACGCAUCUGCUUGCGACGAGUGACCAAUGCCCAGCGGGCAAGAAGCAGCUGUAUGGCAUGUUGGCACUGAAGCAAAUGCAGCGCGCGGCGCAAUUUGCGGAGCAGCACAGUGGCGCGGACAAGAACGGUGAUGUUCCGGACCGAGCGAUCAAGACGGAGGAGGAGAUCCUGCUGUUCUACCGCAUCUUGGAGGCCCACGCCUCAGAUGCUGAGUGGGAUAGCGCUCUCAAAGGACCGACAUUAAGCCCUGUCUUCCAGUUCAAGGCCGGUCGGAAGGACUUGUUUCUGCAAUGCAUCGACGUAUUCGAGCGCAAAGAGAAGUGGAGGACGGUUUACGACCUUUGCAAAGAGUGCCUAUCUGUGACAGACGAGAAGGGUCAGCUGAAUCUCUUGGCGUGCGACUGGGCUGUGUGGAAAAAGUUUUUAAACGCCGCUGGUCGCAUAGGAGAAUCUGCUCAAGAAAUCUCUGAGGAGGUCAAGUCUCUCAUCAACCGCUUCCUAGAACAGGAAAACGUCCGUUCUAUCUACAAGCGAAACAUCUACCUGGCCAGAGUGGAGGCUGCUUUCCAGUUCGCUCAGCUGAACAAGUCAUCUGAUGCAAAAUCGAAUGAGUUUCAAGAGCUCUGUCGAUAUAUCGACAUUGAGUGCGCGUCGCCUGCUUGCUUCGACGACGUCAAAGGUUUUGCCGAGCGCCUUCCACCUCAAGAAAUCAAGGAGCUCGCAUAUGAGUACGUCCCUCGGCUGGCAAAGGAGUCCGAAGAUGCCUCGAGGUCAGCAUCAGUAAAGGCCUUGGCUUUCAAGCUGCAGUACCUGGGUCUUUCGUCACGGAAAACUGUCGUCCGCGUCCAAAACGAAGAUCCCAAGAAGCCAAGCAACUGGAAGUGCAUUGUCUGCACUGACCCCAACAAAUCAAACAUCUGCAUCACCUGUUUGAAGAGCGUGCUCGAGGCAACUUUGACCUUAUAUUCCACUCUCAUCAACUCCUUCGACAUUAGCCCGACGCUCGAUUGUAUACCGGAGCUUGCCAUACUGGCAUCUACAUGCCUCGUCAGACUGAGCGGUCUGCAUGAGCGGGGCAUUGAUAACCCAACAUCUCCGUCCAAGAGCAGCCGACACGAUCGGUUGCUCCAGGCCGCUCUCGUUAUCGAGGACCAACUCACGAGAACCCCCAAGCACACCCGUCUCACUCUUAUCCUUGUCCGCAUCUAUCUCGUGCUGGGUUGCGCAUCCCGUGCCAGAGAGGUGUGGGAUACGGCGGAUGUGAAGCGAACGAUUAUUGAUUCUCUCGGCCCUUACUUCUUCGAUCGCCUGUCCACCAUUGCUCCCGCGCUGGUGCUACCGCCGAACAGCCCACACAAGGCCCUAAUGCAAGGCCUGAAGGCACACUACCAAACAUCCCUCAAGCUCCGGAUGCCACGAAGACUGGCUGACGCCUUUGAUUCCGAGAGCUAUACCGCUAUUCUGGACAUCCCGAGCUACAUCGACCGCCUGAGGAAGAGCUGCACGCUUGUCAUGGGUUACGUGGAAGAAUCGAGAGCUGGUCGUGCUCUGGACGUCGACAGCGACCCUGUAUUCGAUGAGCCAGCAGUCGAAGAGAUUGUUGACGACACUGUGCUGAGCGAAAUGAUCGACUACGGAUCUGUACCCAACUUGGAGGCAACAACAAGUCGGCCCAUCUACGACGUCUUGCGUCUUGGUCCGGAUCCAUCGAACGUACGCUCCCAUCUGGCUCUCAGCGCAGAGACGUUUUUCGACCUCUUGUCGUACAGGCCCCCAUCUUCAUACAAGGUUGCCAACGUCGCACAAACGACUGCAGCCGAGCAGACAUUCACCCUCGAGUCCCUUCAACGUCUGAACACCUCCAUGAGCAGAUUCCUUCACGCCAGAGGAAAGCACCUCACUCAGCAUGAGGAGAUGUACUACGACAUUAUCUCCCUUCUUACCGCACUGGUCCCUCUCGCCGUGACGGCCAGCCGAAGCCCUCCACCCCCAGAGCUCGUUUCGAGCAUUGUCGCAGCUAUCAAGUCCGGUCUCGAGGUUCUUCGUGCACAAUCGCUGUCGACGUCCCCUGAGACGGAAGAGUCCAAGGUGCUGCUGAUGCUUGGCUCUCUGCAUGGCCUCUCGGUGCUACGUGAUGCCGCCGCCGCCGUGAAGCUGGCCAUGUCCCACAUCGUCGCUUUUAAUGAGCGCGAGAAGGAACGUGACCGCUCGGGCCAGAGUAACAUCCCCAAAGAUAUCAUGGUGCAGGUGAAGGCCUUGGAGGCUGCCGCCGCGACGGCCAUGACGGAGGGCAAGGCACGCGUUUUGCUUCUGAAAAAGGAGAGCGACACCUUCAAUGCUCGUCUGGGCAAGUGGACAUUCGAGGCAGAGGUGGAGGACAAGCUGGCGAAGCAGAUCCGCGAGGUCGCCGGAUCCCACGUUGGCGUUUGGACGCAGCGGGUCGCCGACAGCUGGCGGACGAAUGUGAAGGGCUGGGAGUUGGUACAGUGGCAGUAG